AGAGACCACCACCAUCCAUCCCAUCAAACCAAAAACAAUAUUCUUUCAACAUAAUUAAGCAAUGGCCAAGCUUCUCCAAACCCUAAUUCCAAUCCUUUUCUCCAUCGCCUUGCUCCUCGCCGCAGCGCGCUCACAAACCAUCUCCUUCACCUAUGAUUUCUCCGGCGAUCAGCACCCAAAGGACCUAACCUACCAAGGCACCGCCCACUUUUCAUCGGACACCACCUACCUCCGCCUCACUGACGCGAAGGCGGCCCAAGCCGGCCGAGUCUUGUACUCGAACCCGGUCCAGUUCUGGCAAACCGGGGGCCAGGUCGACUUUGAAACCACCAUAAACUUUAUCAUUACUCCCAUAGAGGACAUAUUACCGGCCGAUGGCAUCACCUUCUUCGUCGCCCCCGUCGGCUCCACCAUCCCCGCCGGUUCCACCGGCGGAAACCUCGGAAUCUUCAACUCCUCGGGCACCGGCCCCACUGUCUUCGCCGUCGAGUUUGACCCAUAUGCCAACGAUCAUUGGGAUUCAAAUUUCCGCCAUGUUGGGAUAGAUCUCGGAUCUAGGGUUUCCAGCAAUACGACGGAGGUCGGUGGCGCCAUAACCGGGCAGCAGGUGACUGCCCGAAUCAACUACGAGGAAGCCACGAAGAUGAUCACCGUUCAUGUCAUUGCCGGCACGAAGAAGUUCGACGUCAGCUAUGAGUUCGACUUGGGCAGCUUUCUUCCUGAGAAGGUCCAAGUCGGGCUCUCCGCCUCCACCGGAGACAACGUUGCCACCCACGACAUUGUGUCUUGGUAUUUCAGCGCCACCAUGGUGAAUAUGAAGAAGAAUAUGGACGCCAUGAUUCGGCAAUACGUGUGAUGUGUGUGUGUGUGUUUGUUUGUACCGUGAAUAAGGGCUAGGCUAGCUAGCGAUUGAUUUU